AAAGUUGCAGUGUUGAGGUGACAGCGACGACCUGCGACAACUGCAAAGCAGACGCCAUGGCGAGCGGGGGCAGCGGUGCCGGCAGUGGUGGCGGUAGCGGCUGGUUCUCUGGCUUUAUGAGCACCGUGUCCCAGGCCGUCCAUGCUGUUCAAAACGAUUUGGGUGAAUUUGUCGGGACCAUUCAAGACGACACGCAACAGACGGUACAUAACACAGUCAAGCAUAUCAAGGAUCGACGCGCCGAGUCAUCAGGUCCUGCACAAACGCCACAACCCGCCUUCUCUUCCAGUUUUCAAGCAACUGUCCGUGGUGUGGUCGACACGGUCCGGGAUACUAUUGCCUCUGCUGAGCAUGAUGGCGCUCCCGACGCUGCCCAUUCAGGCCUUCGCAGCUCGCGUGCCCGACAAAAACGCCAGGCGUCCACGCCUACCGCAGCACACGACAAGCAGGCAGCGGCCUGGUUGGCCGUGAUUGAGAGUGACUUGCAAGAUGACGACUUUCAAAUGUGGAGCAUGGGAUUUGAUUCUGAUACCUACAAGGGCAAGAUUGGCGAGCUUUUGGCCCAAGAUGACAUUGUGCCACACCGACUAAGCUACGAGAUCUUUUGGCAGCGCAUCAUGUAUCACUUGUAUCAGCAGCAGCUGAAAGUGGAGCGGCGGGCCGCUUUAUUGCAGCGCGUUCAACAAUCGGCUGAAGUCGAGGCAUCCACGCACGAGCUCUCGUUUGAUGAUUGGGACGAUGAUGGUGCGGUAGAGGCCGAGGGGACAGCAGGUGAUGCUGAGACUGCAGCGACGAAAUUUGAGACCCUGAGCGUCGCAGCAGAGCAAUUGGAAGAGGCCUCCCGGGGGCAUUCGGAAGCGAAGGCCGAGGACAACGUUAGUCUGGUGGACAAUGUGCCUGCCGAAGCUAUUUCUACAGCACGGAUGGUACCCGCAGAAGAGUUGGAUACUGUUGCACUUGCAAAGAAAACUAUUGAGGAGGGGGCAUCAGCGGUCGCUGACCAGCUUGUUGCUCCUGCCGAGGAUGUGGCAGCUGUCUCAGCUGCCCAACCGGAAGAGAUGGCGGCAGCUGAUGUCAAUGACUCGGAUCUCCCCAUCACGGACGAGCUUGAGCCGGGGGUCGACACAGAAGAGCACACGGCCCUUGAGGACCCGCACGUGUCCCAGGGCGAGAUUGAGGAACCCACGGAGCCCGCAGAACCCACGGAGUCCGCAGAGCCCGCAGAGCCCGCAGAGUCCGCAGAGCCCGCAGAGCCCGCAGUGCCCGCAGUGCCCGCAGAGCCCGCAGAGCCCGCAGAGCCUGCAGAGCCCGCAGUGCCCGCAGAGCCCGCAGAGCCUGCAGAGCCCGCAGAGUCAGAACAGAACGAAAUGCCCCAAGUGCCCGAGGAACUUGCAGCACCCAAGCCCGCGGAGUGCGCUGAACCUGAAGCGUCAGCAGACGCACAAGCAGCAGGGCUUGAUGAUGAUGAUCUGAACCUGGAUGAGUUUGAUGUCGUCGAGUCGUUCGGUGUCACCGCCCUCUCGUCCAAUAGCAGUGAGAAUACUGAGCCGGUUGUGGUCGGCAGUAGUGAUGACGCAGACGGCGAUGGCGAUGACUGGGGCGAAUGGGACUGACCUGCGACACGAAGGAUUUUGGGCAUGCUGCCGCUAGCAUCCAUAUUGAUGCGUGUACAUUAGUGUCUUUCAAGGAGUGGUUGCUCUUUGUGCCAUAACUUUGCAAGGCUGCGGCAGCUGGCUCGCCUCGUUCAACCCGACUGUUUACGCGUAUAUCAAUCAAUUACUCUCAAGCCUU